AUGACCGUCGCAGGGGCGAACAUGUGGCACGCCGUCCGCUUUUACAAGGCGUACCUUCCCCCAGUCGAGGCGGUCAGAACACUCCGGUACGUCGUGCUGGCACUUGACGAUGAAUCGGAUGCUUACUCCCGUGAUUGUAUGGGCGAUGGCGCCUUUGGUGACUCCGCCGAUGUAUCACCUUGUACGCCACCAAAAGAGAUGGGACUGGAGUUGUUAGAUGAUCCGCUUUCCUUGGGGCCGCGGGAAAUGGAAAUACGAAGCCAAUCGUCUGCUGAAGGGAGCACCACAAAAGGUAUGCACCAAAAAAUCCGUUUCUUUAUGUUCAAAAAAGAUGAUAUUUCGCCUCCACAGCUGAAGCAGAUGCUGGGGAAGGUACGAUACUGUUUUCAUCUAUGUGGUCGGAGUCUAAGAGGUGAGGCAUGUGGUUGCCAUAAGGCUCAUCUUUUAGAUCCUAAAGCGUGGCGAUUGGAAUUGAGCCCGUUUAACUACCAUACCUUUUGUUUGUCCCAUAAUAACUCCAUUCAUUGCGUCAACACGGAGCAGAUAAGCCCGACUGCUGGAUUCCUCUUUGCGUGUGGACUCCUACACGAAAAUGUCGUGGAGGCGGUGCAGCCAGUACUCUGCCGCUACAGCGUUCGAUGCCGGUACGGAGCGCGGUGCCUGUAUGUUCACGCGAAUAUCACCCCUAGGGAACUGGUAAAUAUGACGGCCUCGACGCCAUUGAAGGCACAACUUCGGGCGGAAUCGGAUUUGCCAAUUUUUCUGACUCAAUUGGACGAGAUUGGGUUGCACACAGUGGGUGAUGUUCAGCAGCUGAGCGACAACGCCUUUGAUGCUAUUGUAGGUCGAAGUGAACCACGGUGGCUAACUCAGUGGUUGAACAUUGCUAUUGUGCGUGAAAUUCAGCCCAAGCUCAUGCUGGAAAGUGUUCUCGCAACCUUCCCUGACGUCGUCAUGCCGGUGUCUUUACCGUUAUGCUUAACCUCUGUAUCGUCACUGAUUCAGCUGUCCUCCAGGGAGUUUUAUGCACUGGCUUUGCCAAUCAAGGUGCAGGCCGCAUGCGAGCAGAUCCGUGCUCGGUUUGAACCUGACCGAAACUACAACAUUGUGGAUCUCAAAAAGGAAAUGGAGGGUUCAUUCUUUUUGCAUGUUACCCAACUCAUUGUGGGAUUUCGCCAUGAUAAUGCCCAUCCCAGCUGGCGCAAAAAGGAUCCAAUGCGCCCUAUAGUAACUUCCUUAAUCACAUACGUAGAUCCUAAGGAUUGCGAGUGCCGAACAGACGCCAGCGAGCAUACGCGGCCUCCCUCGGUGAGGGGCUCUGGUGGUUGUCAUAGUGAUUUGAAGUAUCCCACGAAAUCAUGGUGUAAGUGCCCACGGUCUUUUGUAGUGGCCUUGAACUACGAGCUUAGCACGCCAAGUGGAUCGCGCUGCUCUGAACAGAAUGCUUUGGGGAAGCUGGCCUCCAUAGGUUUGCCAACGAGUGCCGUGCGAGAGGUUUUUGUGCAUGGUGAAAACAAAGGAUCGAAUAAAGACCCGAAUCCGCUGUUUCCCUGUGGUGUAUGUGAGAAUAUGCUACUGAAGGUUGCCAGAGACGUAUAUGGGGAACAUGGAGGCGAUGUCAUGCUUUACAUGUUCGAUUCGACAACGAACCCCAAGAAGCUUGUGUGCCUCCCCAUAACCGAGAUAUCGCAUCGAGAUGGAAGAAGUUUUAAGAAAUUCAUUUCGGAUAUGCGGGAGGAGUGA